AUGUCCGUUUUGAUGAAUAUUAGAACCAGUUCGGCGGAGGAUCGCGGAGAAGAGUGGGAUCUACGCAGUAGAGCCAACGAGGAUGACUUACUGCGGCCAAGCGCGGCCUCUAUCCGCCAGAUCACUUUCGCCGCACUCGUCGCCGUCGUUGUCGUCGCCCUCGUCAUCACCAACGACGCGGACCUCGGCGCCCAAUCUGUACCUCCACCUCUCCGUCCUAGCCGUGUGGCGCUGUUGAGACCCGUCAAGCUGAGCGUCGUACUGAGUGGGAAUGCGGAGAGCGACCUCCCGCUUGUCACUUCCGCGCUUCCUGGUUUCCGACGGUGCCUCUCAGAUCGUCAUGCUACAGUUCGCGCAGAAAUGGUCGAGACGGGCACGGUCUUCGUGGCAGCACGAGGGAAGGAAUGCCUAGAGCCUCUUAUGGGGCUAUUUGAAACGGUCAGCGUCGCAGGAUCGCCGUUUGGCCCAACAGUAGCGCAUAUGGAGCAGUACCUACAAGAUGACUCCGAGUUCAAUUUGUCCUUGCUCACGACACAGGUAACGCUUGGCUUCAAGUUGACGCUGCUUUAUGGUGCCAAGGGGGAUGCCCAGAGAAUGCGAGAUACGGCCACCGCUUGCCACGCUCCCGGUGCUGACGCUGGCUUCGACUCGCCCAUGAAGUGGACUAUAUCGUCAGCAAAGUGA